CAUAGUUUGAAACUUGAAAUCCAGCGGUGGUGGCGUUGGAUUUCCAACCUCUCAUUCCUCGCCUCAAAAAACAAUUUCCAAUUUCUAAAAAUGACAAAAACGCACCAGAAGAAUGAUACAAAAGGAAGGGAGAAUGAGGGGAAGCAGAGAUCCUGGAAAAAGGAGGAGGAGAAAACCAGCCUUCCCUCUUCUCUCUUCUUCUUCUUCCAAUUCAUACGCGUGAAGAAGAAAAGAGCAGAGCGGACGGAACCAAGAAAUGCAUAUGAUGCGGCGAAUCAAGAACAUCACCUCCGGUCACCCUUCCGUCCCCGAUCCCGAUGUGAAGGUUGGAAAGAAAGCUACAAAUUUCGAUGAUGCAGUGGACGUUCUUACAGAAAAAUCUAUGGCCGACAACAAAAUAUCUACUCUAGAUCAACAUAUGGCUUCGUCAGAUGUGAAUGUUGAUGCAAGGACAUUGACAUCUAAAGCAACAACAAAGGUCGAUCAACUACCGAAAAAAAUGCAUGGAAUGGCAAUCAGAGAUAAUAAAGUAGAUAUACAACAUGAGAAGGAGCAAGAUGAUGUACUGGUAAAUGGCAAUGGAACUAUGCCGGGUCAAAUAAUCACAACCACAAUAGGUGGACGAGAUGGCAGGCCUAAGAAGAUGAUGUCAUAUAAGGCUGAGCGCAUUGUUGGAACAGGUUCAUUUGGUGUAGUUUUUCAGGCUAAAUGUUUAGAGACAGGAGAAGAAGUUGCAAUCAAGAAGGUUUUACAGGAUAAGAGAUACAAAAAUAGGGAACUACAAACUAUGCGCUUACUUGACCAUCCAAAUGUAGUUCAACUAAAGCAUUAUUUCUUUUCGACGACCGACAAUGAUGAGCUCUACCUCAACCUUGUUCUCGAAUACAUCUCCGACACUCUUUAUCGUACUUUGAAGUAUUACAAUCGCAUGAACCAACAUAUGCCACUCCUUUAUGUAAAACUGUAUACCUUCCAGAUUUUUCAUGCACUUUCUUACAUACACCAAGUUGUAGGGGUAUGCCAUCGGGAUAUUAAACCGCAGAACAUAUUGGUUAAUCCUCACACUCAUCAAGUAAAACUCUGUGAUUUUGGCAGUGCCAAAAUGUUGGUUCCAGGGGAGCCUAAUAUAUCUUACAUUUGUUCACGGUACUAUAGAGCACCUGAACUUAUGUUUGGUGCCACAGAGUACACCACUGCUAUUGACAUAUGGUCGGUUGGCUGCGUGUUGGCUGAGCUUCUCAUUGGACAGCCUCUAUUUCGAGGGGAAAGCGGUGUUGAUCAGCUCGUGGAAAUCAUUAAGGUUUUAGGUACCCCAACAAAUGAAGAAAUCAAGUCUAUGAACCCAAAUUAUUCAGAGUUCAAAUUUCCAUGCAUGAAAGGUCACCCUUGGCAUAAGUUUUUUGCAAAUUCUGUACCCCCUGAGGCAAUUGAUCUUGUGUCAACACUACUUCAAUACUCACCUAAUUUGCGUCCUACAGCGUUGGAGGCAUGCGCUCAUCCAUUCUUUGAUGAAUUGAGAGAUCCUAACACAUGUUUGCUUAGUGGCAAACCUCUUCCUCCUUUAUUCAACUUCACAUCUAAAGAGCUUGAAAGCGCUUCUCCUGAACUAGUUCGACGCCUCCUACCCGAGCAUUGAACUAAACUCGGGGUCAAGAAGUUUAGGCUGAGUUUGGUAGAGAGCUUCUUUUUCCAGUUUUCCUGAUGUGGUCAAUGGUUGGAAUUCAAGAUGAUAAACAAGAACCAUUUCAGUUUUAAGGCUGCAGUGUGUGCUUGAAGUGCAAGAUUUUGCGGAGACUUGAAGAGACAGGGAAAGAGAAAGGAUUCCUUCUUCAACAGACAAUCUUGAAUUAUAUCUGACACUACUGGCAGAGCAAGAGAAAGGUUCCUUCUUCAGCAGUCAGUUUUCUGUUGCAUUACCAUUGACCAUUUCUUGAACGUACGUAGCCUCGUUGUACAACCCCAACAAAAUCUUAUUGUUCAUUGUAUUGAUCGAUUAAAAGGUUCUUUGGUAGCAACGGCUCAUACUUUUACCU